ACGCGGAUAUAAGCUAAUAGAUAGAGCCCACGCUUAUCCUUUAGAUCGGGGACACUGGAUAACUUAUACAAGUGCAACACCCGGCACAUUUAGGAUUCGCAGCACAAAGGCAUCAACGAUGAACUCCCUAGUAGUUUUACUAGUCGCCGCAUUGGCAGUAAGUGUCAAGUGCAACUCCGAGGUAUCAUUCGCUAUCGACCUGUUUGACAGAGGAGAUCAGGACAAGGACGGUGAACUGACGGAGAAAGAACUGGAGAACGUGUUCCUUGCCUUUGACACAAACGGUAACGGUCAGAUCACUAAACAAGAGUUUGAAGAUGUCUGGGUGAAGAAACUAAACCUUGGACCCAAAAUCAUGGCUGACGAACUCUUCAACAAAGCAGAUAUUAUAGAUAACGACUAUCUUGAUCACGAAGAUUUGAAGCUUGUUUUCAAAGCUUUUGACUUUGACGGUGAUAAAUCUGUGAGUCUAAACGAAUUCCUGACCAAGUGGGGAUCGCUCACUCUCAUUGGAUAGGUGCGUGAUGACGUCAUAACCUCGUUGGCCCACGUGACAUCUCUGACGUCCACCUCCUAAUAUGGACUUGUGUUUCCAGAAUACAGUAUUUAUUGAUAGAUAUAAAUUUUGCAUAAAUGUAAAAUUAUAUUUAGAUCAUUCACAAAACAAAAUAAAGACACAUUCGUUGAUCAUAA